AUGUUUUAUAUAAAAGGGAAUUGGAAGGGCAGGACUGAAGUGUACACAUCUGUCAGCUCGUGGUCUCAGCCAUGGGCAUUUAAACCAAUAAAGGGACAAUAUGGACCACAGUUGGACAGCGCCAACAGCAGUUUCGUCUGGACAAGCUUGCGUUACUUCUACAACCUUCUCCUGAAUGGAUUUAAAGGCUCUACCUGGGACACAUAUGAAGAGGACACAGAUCUUGAGAGCAGGACAUGUGAGUGGAAGAUCCACACCAGCCCAAUUCCCCUGAAACUGAAAUACGGACAGUAUGCCAGAAAGAAGUUGAUUCGUGACUUAUGUAACCAUAACAGAACCUUGAAUUUCAGUGAGCAAUGGCAGGCAUUUGAUGAACUCUCUAAUGAAGAACUGGAACACCUACUCGUAGAUGACCGGCAUGGGAUAAUCUACUGCUAUGUUCCAAAAGUUGCCUGCUCCCAGUGGAAGCGUAUCAUGAUUGUUUUGAGUGAAAGCCUUAAGGUGAAUGGUGUUCCUUUUAGAAACCCUUCUCAAAUUCCUAACCAGUAUGUUCACAGUGGCAUUAUUCAGCACCUGAACAAGUACCCCAGAGACGUGAUUAAAGACAAACUUAAACACUAUAAAAAGUUCAUUUUUGUCAGAGAUCCAUUUGUUAGAUUGAUUUCAGCCUAUAGAGAUAAGCUUGAAGCAGAAAAUCAGGUAUAUUACAAGCUCCAUGGAAUCCCCAUAUUGAGGAAAUUUGGCAAUUGCAGUAAACCACCAGAAUCUGUACAUCAAGCACAUGCUGCCAAAAUUAUUCCUUCUUUCUCCAACUUCACUGAGUACAUACUGAGCUUCCCAGUCAAACUCCUAGAUGAGCACUGGAAACCCAUGACUCAACUGUGCCAUCCGUGCCAGAUCGAUUAUGACUUCAUAGGAAAGCUGGAGAACAUAGAGGAAGAUGCUACUCACCUGCUCCGAGUGCUCCAUGUCGAUAAUAUCAUCCAGUUCCCAUCAAGUAGCAAGAAAACAAAUGAAAGUUGGAUAAAAUCCUGGUUUUCCAGCAUCACCAGUAAGUCGAGAAAUAAACUCUACAAACUGUAUGAGGCAGACUUCAAAAUUUUUGGAUAUCAAUACUCCAAUGAAAUACCAAUACUCCAAUAA